AUGGACGUCCCCGUAGCAGCAAAUGUGCUGGGAGUCUUGGGCGCUGUAUGCUGGUCGAUCCAGUUGAUACCUCAGAUCAUCAUCAACUACCGCCGACACAAUGCCACGGGACUGCAGCCCACUAUGAUGAUGCUUUGGGCCUGGGCUGGCGUGCCUCUAGGCGUGUACAACAAUGUAGAAGAGUUUAACAUAGCAUUGAGGAUACAGCCGCAGAUUCUCACGCUGUUAAGUCUAACAACUUGGAUUCAAUGUUACUACUACGAGCGGAAAUGGUCCGUCUGGCGCUCCCUCGCCCUUGUCAUCCCCGUGGCUUGUCUCAUGGGCGGAACGCAAGCGGGUCUUAUCAUCGGAGUCCGUCACGCAAAAGACAACAAUAUCACUUGGCCUGAGAAGCUUAUGGCUAUCUUGUCAGCCGUCCUGCUCGCUGCUGGUGUCCUCAGGCAUUACGUAGACAUCUACCUUCACCGCACCGUCCGAGGCAUCUCGUUCAUUUUCGUUGGUCUAGACGCAGCCGGGGACGUGUUUUCCCUCCUGUCAGUCGUCUUCCAGUCUACGUUUGAUGUUUUGGGUGCGGUGAUCUACAGCACUGAGCUGGUGUUGUGGAUUGGAAUCUUUGCGUGUGGGGCGUACUAUAACCUCAUACCUUGGAUAAAAGAGAAGCGAAACAGAGGGAAGAGCGUGGCAGCUACGAAUAGCAACGGGCGAGCCGAGGAGCAGGAAGGAAAUGCGAGGAACUUGUCUACUGGUAUUGCACUGCAUGAUCUGCCGUCAAGCACCUCGGUGUUCAGAACAAUCUCUGGAGAAAUUGAUACUGUUCGACGUAUGGGCUCAAGAAGAGGCGACGAAGAUGUGGAAAGUCCAAGGUGA